GUCUUCAUUCCUAAAAUGUUAGAUUUCCUCCCAGAAUCAGACAGUGAGGUCGGUUUCGAAACUCUUAGCUCGAUGGGUAGCGACGAGAGUUGCAGUAGUUUUAGUCGUCUUUCCUUUGAUGCUCUUGAGAUCCCUGCGAAAACGCCAUCUCUGUCACCAGAAAAUCUCAACUUGAAGCCUCACAGGUCGUCUGAUUCUGCCUGGGAAGCCAUACGUUUCGCUUCUUUUGGCCGGAAAGACGGCUUAAACUACAGAGAUUUCAAGCUUAUUCGUCCUAUUGGGAGUGGGGACCUUGGGAAGGUUUACCUCUGCCGUCUCAGGAGCGAAGGGAGCUGUUUUUACGCCAUGAAAGUGGUGGAUAAAGAAGUUCUGGCAUUGAAGAAAAAAAUUGAGAGGUCUGAGACUGAGAAGAGGAUUCUGAAGAUGUUGGAUCAUCCAUUCUUGCCGACUUUGUAUGCUGAAUUCGAUGCUUCACAUUACUGUUGCGUAGUCAUGGAGUAUUGCUCAGGUGGUGAUUUGCAUACUCUCAGACACAGACAGUCUGGAAAACGUUUCCCGUUGAGGUCUGCAAGGUUUUACGCGGCGGAGGUUCUUUUAGCCUUGGAGUACCUUCACAUGCUGGGAAUCAUCUACAGAGACCUAAAGCCCGAGAACGUGUUGAUCAAAUCGGACGGUCACAUCAUGCUAUCUGACUUUGACCUAUCACUCUGCUCCGAUGCAAUCCCAGCCGUUGAAACCUCUGACUUUUCCUCCCCUGACCCCACUACCACCGCCUCAUCGUAUGACUUCUCGUCAACCGGAACCGGCCGUUCACGUAAAGUCUCCUCACUCUGGUGUCUUCCGAACUGGCUCUUCCGGUCACGAAAGAUACGGACGGUGGCAACGACCAGGCAGUUCGUCGCCGAGCCGGUAACCGCCCGGUCAUGUUCCUUUGUUGGGACCCACGAGUACGUAUCACCAGAAGUCGCGGCUGGUAAAUCACACGGUAACGCUGUAGACUGGUGGGCCCUGGGGAUCUUCAUCUACGAGUUGAUUUACGGACGUACGCCAUUCUCGGGCGAGAACAACGAGGCAACUCUGCGAAACAUACUGAAAAAGCCCUUGUCUUUCCCAACUGGAUCACCGUCCAGUGGAUCAGAAAUGUACGCUCGAGAUCUCAUCUCGAGGUUGCUGGUCAAAGAUCCUUCACAACGGCUGGGAUCAAAAAGAGGGGCUGCUGAGGUGAAGACACACCCUUUUUUCAAGGAUAUUAACUUCGCUCUCAUAAGGUCGUCAAUACCACCGGAGAUUUCCGGUCUCCGGCGAUCUAAGACCACUUCGAUGUCUACUAAGACGGCUUUUGACUACUUUUGAAGUUCUGAGUAGGAAGGAUGGGUAUUCGUUAGCCACGUGGCAUCAUCAUAGUCU